UGUCAACCACGUCAGCCAGCAGCCUCCAACGUCAAGUCGAUAUAAAAGGGGUGCUGGGGGUGGAAUUGACGACCAGAGGGAGUUGGGACAAGAAAGGCCGGGCUACAGAGUUUUCCAUUUCCUAUUCUCAGAUCGCCUUUGCUCUCUCCCCUCCUCUCCUUCCCCAAUGGAAGCCCGAGAGGGUCCCACCUCCCCCUCCCACUCAGACCCACAGUCUCCGCCCCGAGAUCUUGAUCCUGACUUCACACCUGUUGGAUCCCCAGACCACGACCUCCACAUUCCCGAGAUCCACGCACUUCCCUCCGAUGAAGACCACGACCACGAUCACGAUCACGUGAAAGCUCCAGAUCAUCCGGGUGGGGCCGCCGUUCUCACUGAUGAUCUCAAGCAUAAGAUCAUUAAGCAGGCAGACUAUUAUUUCAGUGAUGAAAAUUUGCUAACUGAUAAGUAUAUGUUGGGCUUUAUUAAGAAGAACAAGGAAGGUUUUGUCCCUAUAGCAGUUAUUGCUUCUUUUAGGAAAAUGAAAAAGCUCACCCGAGAUUAUUCAUUAAUAGCAGCUGCACUGAGGGAGUCUUCCUUCCUUGUAGUGAGUUCAAAUGGGAAAAAAGUCAAGCGACUCCACCCCCUUCCAUCCACUGAGGUUAAGGAUCCAAAGUUAUUCACUGUUUUGGUAGAAAAUCUACCAGAGGAUCAUUCAGUAGAGAACAUUCAGAGGAUAUUUGGUGAAGCUGGAAAUAUAAAGAAUAUUUGCAUCCGUGACCCUCAUGCCGUAGAGGAGUCAGCUAAAGUCAGCAAGCCUGAAAUGCUGAUCAGUAGUAAGUUGCAUGUCCUGGUGGAGUACGAGACUGUGGAGGCUGCUGAGAAAGCUGUGGCUACUUUGAAUGAUGAGCAGGACUGGAGAAAUGGCAUGCGGGUCAAGCUUCUUAAGCGAGUGGUCAAGUAUGGGCAGAGAAAACAUGCAUGGAGGGGGUCUGAUUCAGAGAAGAAUAGCACCAGCCGAGGAUCUGAUCAUAUAGGAGACGAGGAAAAUCAUAACUUGAGUGAGCAUCAUGAUGAUACACCUGAUGAAGAGGAUGGGGAGCAUCUAUUGAAGGAGAAAAUUGGGCAAAGAGGUCAUAAUCGAGGAAGAUCAAGAAGGCACAAUUACCGUGGAAUCAAUGGGCUGGGCCACGGAAGUACUUCCUCUACUCAUGCCAUUGAAGCCUCAAAACCACCUCCUGGCCCGAGAAUGCCUGAUGGAAAGGGAUUCACAUUGGGGCGUGGUCGGCCUCCCAUUUCCAACCAAAGUUAAAAGAAAAGUAAGUGCUUUAAUACCCAGGUGGAGAUUAGCUCUCAGUUUUCCGAUAAUGCGGUGAUCUGAGAGUUAGAAAUGGGUGUCUGAACAUGUGAUUACAUCGUAAAUUCGUGGAUAUUUUAAAUAUGUGAGGAUGUUCUUGCUCAUAAAACUCUAGAUUUAAAUCAUGAAUGUCAGAUUUGCUUGUAAGAUUGUGAUUGAAAA